GGUCGGUUUGUUUUUACUUCCAGACGGCGGUUUGUUUGGAGGAUAGGACACAUAUAUAUUAGCAACGCCGGCUACCUGAGCUACAUUUGGGUUUUAUUUAUUUUUUUUGGCACUCAAACGCACAAGUAGGAUAUCAAAUACAGUUUUAGGACCAAUGGAGGACCCGAUGAAUUGCUUGUUGCGUCGCCUCAUUCAACGGAUACCGAGUCAACUUCUCAGAGCAACGAUGGAGAAGUGGGACCGUUUAACCGAGGCUCAAAGACAAACCAUCGAUUUUACUCAAUCGAAAUGGGCAAUAACAGACAGACUUUAUGCCCUUGGUGAGGAAAAUGGAUGGACAGUUAAACAUAUCGCGGAGUUAGAGAUGUGUUAUGUCAUUGACAAUCCAAACCAGGGACUGUGGAAAGCAUUCCAGCUGGUGGACCCUAAAGCUGAUGCUCAAGCCCUGGAGUUUCUGCAGUUUAAGCAAAGUUUCAAAAACCACCUGAAUGAGCUCGUAAGAAACGUGUCUGUCAAAAUAAAGAAGAACACGGACGAAGCUGUUUGGAUUCGCAUUGCGUGGGGAGACAGCUUCUCUCGGCCCAACAACCUGAAGCCAACAUAUGUUGUUCACUACCUACAAACUCCUUAUGUGUUUGUCUGUAGACUGACAUCCAAGCAAAAGCCCUUGUUAUCCCAGGCUUUGAUCCUAUCCACCAGACAUCAGGCUAUCAAGGAUGCUAACCUCAGUGGACGGAAACUCACCACAAUUCGGGACCUGCUACUGCAGCAAUAUGAGCAGGUGUUCCCGACCAGAUAUCCCAGCUCUCUUGCCAGUACGAGUCAAACAGUCUCAAACCCACACAUAGAGCGAGAACAAGCUGAGGAUGAAGUUAACAGACUUCAGAAGGCCUGUGAAGCGUUCGGUGGCGGCAAGUUACCAGAGCUACAGUCUGUAGUGUACAAGCUGGAGACAAAGUUCAGAGACCCAACAAACAAGAUGAUGUCUGAGCAAGGAGAACCCUUCAACUGCACAGUCAAAUUUUCCAGCACCAACAUAUUGGAGUCACUCAGGCAUUGUGCUUCCUCAGGAAUCGCUUCAACCCCUGUUACACUUCUGCUCUCGUCCAUUCCUCGAAAAAGAAGAAAUUAUUUUGUCAUCACAGACAACGUCCCGGGACCCUCUUCACAACCCAACCAACCUCCCAACUAACCUGUUCCAAGAACUUGACUAUCACAGUGAUUUUUUUUUUCUUUUACUUCCACCAUGCCCACCUCGAUUGGUAUCUUUUAAAACUCAACCGCUGUAAUGGUUUAUAAUAUUUUACAAUCUUGAUAUGCUAUGAUUCACGUUGUGUAUAUAUUAUUUUAUUGGUGCACUUUUUUUAAUUAUGUUCUCUAGAUUAAACACCAUUUAUAUCCAA